GAAGGCAUCACUCCACCGACGAGGCUCCUCCCCAAUAACAUUUGAGGCUGCCACAUUGGAGACAGAACAAAAAAAGGCGACUCUACGGAGGUUCCUGCACUCAGCCCUCUUUUCUCUUCGCAGUCACGGAAUAUCAAUGUUUAGCCUGCUCUUUGGUUUCUGUGUUGAGUUGAGCUGCACCUAUAUGGCGUGUGUGAGUGGAGAAUUCUGCCAGGCACAGCACCUCACCUCCGUGGAGAAGUGAAUCGGCCGCCCCCCGAGGGAUUACGCUAUCCAGAAGCCUCCCUGAUUGCCAGCUUUUCCACUCCUGCUGACUCUUCCAAAGAUCUUGUUGGGAACUUGCGUAGUCCUUGGCCUGACUGACCUCUUCCAGCCAAAACCAAAAGCCUUCGCUUACCGCUUUCUCCUUAAACAGCCAAUCACAAACAGCUCUCCUGAAUGGGCCGUCUUGCCAAUAUGAACCGCCCCGCUGCAGUCGAGAUCACCUACGAGUGCAUGAGGUUCCUCAUCACCCACAACCCUACCAACGCCACGCUUAACAAAUUCACCGAGGAGCUGAAAAAGUUUGAGGUGCAGACACUGGUGAGAGUUUGUGAUGCUACUUAUGAUAAAGCGCCAGUUGAGAAAGAGGGGAUCCAAGUCCUGGACUGGCCUUUUGACGAUGGCGCACCUCCUCCCACUCAGAUUGUGGAUGACUGGCUCAAGCUGCUAAACACCAAGUUCCGAGAGGAACCUGGCUGCUGCAUCGCUGUGCACUGUGUGGCAGGGCUUGGCCGUGCUCCAGUGUUGGUUGCCUUAGCUCUUAUUGAGAGUGGGAUGAAAUAUGAAGAUGCUGUUCAGUUCAUAAGACAGAAGAGACGUGGAGCCUUCAACUCCAAACAGCUUUUUUACCUCGAGAAAUACAGACCCAAAAUGCGUCUGCGGUUCAAGGAUACCAACGGCCACAACUGCUGCGUGCAGUAGACGACCCACCGGCCGACCGACGCCCCGCACACUCGUCGAGGAGUCCUCUACCAAGAGGGGGAAUAAAAAAAUAAUGAAGUGCUAUCAGUAAUUAUUGUGAUGAUUUGUGAGUCAUGGUUAAUCGAACAGAGUGAUCAAAAGAAUUAAAGAGGGUCUAUGAGCCGAACCAAUAAAGAGGUCAAAGCACACGGGCGGGCGGAGGUCCCGCUCGACCACGGGCCAGAAUUAUUUCCAGUCCAUCCUUCUUACUUUGCUAGCCCCCCCACCCCACCUCUCCCUUCUCAAUUGUAAUCGAUGUAUUUCCCUUUUUUUAAAAACAAAUGGUGAUGAAAAAAAAAUUGAGCUUUUACUUCAUGAAAUUAUGAAUGUCUGAUUGGGUCAUGUGUCUUUUGAACCAGUGUAAAGCGUAGAACAUGUAUGGUAACUGUCCAUUUUGGGUUCGUUGUUUAAGUGGGGGAGGGGGAGGGAAGAGUCACUUGAUAUGCAGUAAUGUGUCACUUUCAGUUUAGGGGUACACGCCGUUUGAAUAUGUCUACCUGCGAUAUAUUUAUUCACAAGAGGAUAUUACAAUUUUGGCAGGGACACUUUCUUUUUUCCAAUCUUUUUUUUUUUUUUUUUUUUUUUUGAGUGCAAUAAUAAGUCCACCUCAGAAGUCCACCAAGCUAUGGUCAAUACACUCACCACCAGCGCAGAGCAUUUA